AGUUCAUUAUCAAGGGAAAGACAAAUGCUAUCAGAGGCUAUUAGCUACAUAGCGCUCAACGUUUUACCGUACGAUCUUCAUCUCAGUUCAUCUCACAGUGAGAGUCGGGAGUCCGGGCGCUAAUCCAGCCGUUCACGAUCGGGAAUUCGGGAGUGAUUUGAUUCCGAGAAAUAUCUUGGUCCCGUCAUCAUAUAAUAUCAAGGCUGCGUUCCCUGUUCCUUCGCUCUCCCAAAAGACUACUGCAAUGGACAUUUCCUCUAUCCUCCAGGGUGGGUAUCACCACCCACUUGCUCGACAAUGGCAGAGUAGGCGUCAGCUCACCAAGUCGAUGCUCAUGUACCCAAUCUUUAUAACCGACGAGCCGGAUGCCAGUGUAGAGAUAGCGUCGCUCCCAGGCCAGCGAAGAUGGGGAAUCAACAGACUGGAGGGCUUUUUGGCACCAUUGGUCAAGAAGGGUCUUCAAAGUGUCAUUCUAUUCGGUGUCCCUCUGAAAUGCGAAAAGGACACGAGAGGAACACCAGCAGACGAUCCAUCUGGACCUGUAAUGCUAGCUAUCAAGAAAAUACGUGAACUCUUCCCGACAAUAUACAUUGCAUGCGACGUCUGUCUCUGUGAAUAUACCGACCAUGGUCAUUGUGGUCUUCUAAAAACAGACGGCUCAAUUGACAACUCGCCCUCUGUGGACCGUAUUGCUCAAGUUGCUGUCAACUACGCAAAGGCCGGUGCCCAUUGUGUUGCUCCCAGUGACAUGAUGGACGGGCGUAUAAAGGGCAUAAAAAGAGGGCUAAUAGAUGCUAAAUUAGGCAACAAAUGCACGUUAAUGAGUUACUCUGCAAAAUUUGCCAGCUGCAUGUAUGGCCCUUUCAGAGAUGCAGCAGGCAGCGCACCCUCUUUUGGCGACCGAAAAUGCUAUCAACUACCUCCUGCCGCGAAGGGACUAGCUAGGAGAGCAAUUCAACGAGAUACUGCGGAGGGCGCUGAUAUCAUUAUGGUCAAGCCCGCAUUACCCUACCUCGAUGUAAUCGCAGAUGCUGCCGAACUCGCACCGGAUCACCCUCUGGCUUGUUACCAAGUUAGUGGGGAAUUUGCGAUGAUUCACGCUGGUGCUGCGGCCGGUGUAUAUGAUCUCCGUACAAUGGCUUUCGAGUCAGUGGACAGCAUGAUCCGCGCUGGUGCUACGUUGAUAUUGACAUACUUUACACCGGAGUUCUUGGAAUGGCUUGACAAUUAAGGCCUGCUUAGGAAAGAAGCAACAAUUCCGAGUCUAAAAAGAAAAAGAAGUGACAUAACUUAUGUAGUAACUUUGUAAAAGAUACAUAGAUAGGUGUAAGUAAACGGGCGCUAGACGAUGCUACGACCCCUCCCUCUUCAAAAUAAAAUAACUCAGCUUUUAACCGCUC